AAAUUAGAAGUUAGCAUUUUCAAUCUGUUUUUUCUUCAUUGCAUUCAUUUGGGAGUAGGCCACAAAAAAGUGAAGUAUAAAAAGGUAUUAGCAGAUAUCCGAAAGGGAUUUCUCCAUGCUCCGAACAUACUAUUUUUACAAAAAUGCAAAGGUUGAAAACUUUUUUACUUUGAACCUAAGCCCCCUAAUAAAAAUGAGUGCAAGAGCACUAAUUUGAGAGAAAUGUGACUCCAAAGUUCAAAUUUGGCAGGUAGAGCGACUUGAACCAAUAAGCAUAGCAAUAUUAAUUAGAUUAGUUAAAAAAGAUAACUAACCCCUAUUGCCGCAGGACCUAUUGAUUCACCGUAGUUCUUACACGGAGCAUUACUUAAAUCACUUGAUCAGAGUGAGGUGAAUAUGGCGAUUCUAGAAAGCCUCCAGAAACUGAAUAAAAAUAUGGAGAGCUUCUAUCCUGCUGAAGAUUACGAGGAAGCUAGCGAAGGCUAUUGCCUCAGUGAUGAUAAUCCAAUGAACGUGGACGUGGAGGCAGACAUUAAUAACAUUGCUGGUUCUGGGCCUACUGAGAAGGAAGAUUCCACUUCUGCCACUGACAUAGUGGAUUAUCGUCAUCAACUGGAUAUUAACAGUGAUGAAAAAGGGCCAAAGAUAAUCGAAUCUGUGGCCACUGGCGCAAACAAAUUACACUUACAACGCAUUAGUGCUGAACAGUGCAAAUUGAAAAUCAAACAACACUUCACUCCAGAGAAUGUUAAAGUCCGCUUGCCUAAAUGUGAGCCAAGUAUCUGGGAUCCAAUACCAGGGAAAACACGGGUGUAUGAUGUUCAACUUCAGUCAACACAAGCCAUGCUUUUGUCGUCCAUUAAAUGCCAACUUAAAGUUGCUGAGUCAUUACAAACCACCAAGGCAAACAAAGAAACAAUAACUACUUGUAUGGACGGUAUCACUUUGUCAAUGACAGCCAAUUAUGAAUUAAAUCAAAGGAGAAGGGAAGCUAUUAAGCCCCAAUUCCGAAGUGAAUUUGCCAAAGCUUUGUGUAGCUCCAGCAACCCUGCAGAUGAAUUCUUAUUUGGAGGGGAUACUUCAAAGAGAGUUAAGGAGGUUGCAGAGUAAAACAAGAACAGAGUUUGUAAGUUCCGUUCUACUACUACUACUAAGAGGCGGGGGGCAAAGGUUCUCCCCAUACCCAAGCUCUGGGAACAGGGGUGGAUUUAGAGGCCGUGGCAGAGGUUUCCGUGGCCGUGGUACCCAGUGGGGGUCAAACAGCUACUCUGGAUAUCAAAACCAGUCUUUUCGGAGUGCAACCCAGUCGGACAAGAGAUCCAACCAAAAGUCAACACAAUGACUGACGCGAGUGACAGUGGCUGGGGCGUCAAUUGUACAACAGAUACUUCAUUGCAGUCUCAGGGUCUUUGGACUCGAGAGCAAGCUUCUCUACAUAUUAAUGUAAGAGAACUUUAAGUGGUGUACAUUUGCUUAACUAUUUUUUGCAGUGCAAUGGUUAAUGUCCAUCUUCGUUUUGAGCUGGAUAAUGUAACAGCAGUGUCCUAUGUUAAUCACAU